AUGCUAGCUGGUCUCAACUGUACUGUUGGUUACCUCGAUGACAUAUUGGUCGGGGGCCGUAAUGAAGAAGAGCAUCAGCACAAUCUGCAGCUAACACUCGCGCGGACCAAGGAGUAUGGGUUCACCGUACGCAUCGAAAAGUGUAGCUUCGGCAUGCAGCAGGUCAAGUAUCUGGGACAAAUCCUGGAUGGCAACGGAAUCAGGCCGGAUCCCGAGAAAAUUGCUUCGAUCGUCAGCAUGCCUCCACCACACGAUGUUUCGACGCUUCGCUCCUACUUGGGUGCCGUAAACUAUUACGGCAAAUACGUCAAAGAGAUGCGCACUCUACGACAUCCAAUGGAUCAGCUGCUGAAAGCUGGAGUAAAAUUCGAAUGGUCACCGGCAUGUCAAGCAUCGUUCGAUCGUUUUCGAGAGAUUCUUCAGUCACCGUUACUGCUGACCCAUUACAAUCCCAUGUUGGGCAUCAUUGUUUCGGCGGACGCAUCUGCAUUUGGACUGGGAGCACGAAUCGCUCACCAGCUUCCGGACGGGACUAUUAAAGCCAUUUGUCACGUGUCCCGUAGUUUAACGACAGCCGAAACCAACUACAGUCAGAUCGAGAAGGAAGGAUUGGCUAUCGUAUUCGCUGUAACCCGUUUUCAUCGAAUGUUAUUCGGUCGAAAAUUCAUCCUCGAGACAGACCACAAACCGCUACUCGCUAUUUUUGGGUCGAAAAAGGGGAUUGCUACGUAUACGGCCAAUCGACUACAAAGAUGGGCAUUGACGUUGCUCCUCUACGAUUUCGACAUUCGCUACAUUUCAACGGAAAGCUUCGGGCAUGCGGAUGUUUUGUCCCGUUUGAUCAACCAACACAUUCGCCCGGACGAAGAGAUCGUUAUCGCCAAUUUCGAAAUGGAGAACUCGAUCAGAAGCAUUAUCAACGAGUCCCUAGAGGUAUUUCCGCUAUCGUUCAAGAUGAUUCAAGCGGGAACCAGAUCCGAUGACACACUACAGCAAGUUAUUCGGUUCGUCAAUAGUAAGUGGCCGCCUAAAAAGGAAGAUCUCUCCGACCCUCAAGUCGAACAGUUCUAUUUACGACGCGACUCGCUCAACGUCGUAGCCGAUUUCGUGAUGUAUGGAGAACGUUUGGUUAUUCCACCAAAGUUUCGGAAACGGGUGCUCCAACAGUUACAUAAAGGUCACCCAGGUGUGGAACGAAUGCGAUCGAUCGCCCGAAAGUACGUAUAUUGGCCUCAUGUCGACGAAGACAUCGCCUAG